AUGGAUUGUGAAACGAAAAAUAAACUACAGCUACUAUCUCUUUAUCUUCAAAACCUCCCAAAAACAAUCCCUCUCGCAGACCCUUCAAGCCCACAGUACGGCUUCGACUUCUUUAUCUUGGAUGACGAGAACAUCGAGGAUUACGGUCCUAUUAGCGCACUGAAUCGUGAACUCGAACUGCGCAUGGGUCAGCGUGACAAAGGUCCUGUUUCUUUCAAGGAACACGGGCCUAGCCUGAAUACUGUGACCGAUGUGCUCGGGGGCUACCUAGAUCAAUACCACGAGUCUCCCGAGACAGUACUUCUCAUCAAAUGGGUACUUGCCGGCAAUUCAGUUACCUUCUCACACGAGAAAGGCUACCGUAUUUACGCUGCUUCGCAAGUAUAG